AUGGAUGUUGGGAAUGAAAAGACUGAAGUGGUUGCGGUUUCUGUGGAUCCUAAUUUUUCAGCUUAUCUUCACAAUGAUUUUCUUUCUGUUGUGCCUGGCAAAAAGGAUUAUGGUAUUAUGUUGCAGAGAAAUAUACGCCAAUUCUCAGGCAUGGAUGAAUCUUCUGCUAUAUCAGCUGCCAUGGAAGGCGUACAUGUGGUGAAUGGUUUGGAGUAUAAGAUGUCUUGCGGCUCAUCAAAGAGUUGAGAAUGUGUCACCAAUCCCAUCUUGAACACCUCAAAUUAAUGAUACUUAUUCUGGACACAAAAACGAGAACUUUUCUCUAGUGUGGUUCCAAAAAUAAUAUAUGAUCUAAUAAAGCCACUGUUCUUUCGGUGGUCCGAUUGUCUACAUCUUACCCCAUUCCUAUAUAUGGGAUCUGGGUAUUGUUGUUGUUGAAUCAUAUUUAACACUAAUAUAAAACAAAAAUGUGUAGAAAAAUUUACCAUUUUGACCUGUUAUCCACACCACACCCAUUUGAAUUUGAUAAUGAGUCUUUUGGGCCACCCACUUGAAUUGGUAUUUUUUUUACAAAAGCCCAGAUAAAUAUAAAUAUGAGAUGAAGAAAUCUUUCUUUUAUCACAUGGGAGCCGUAUGAGAUGAAAGCAUGUUGGCCCUGAUGGUUGUAAUACAAGACAUGUUGAGGAUUUUUAUUGUACGCGUGGCAUGUGUACAUGCUGACAGAGCAGCGAUACUCCUAUGAUACUUUAUAUAGAAGAGUGGCUUUUAGAUCCAUCUGUCUUAACUGAUUUUCAAAGAUUGCUUGAUUUUCUUGCUAGCUUACUUGAAUAGCCACGUGCCAAGCCAAUACUGUUGAGUGAAGGGGUUGUUCAGAUGUUAUCUAAAGUUCUUAAUACUUCACACAAGCUUAAUUGGUGCAUCCAUGUGUGUAGGUCAACUUCUCUACUAUCUGAUUCUAGUAUGAACAUUUUGGGUUGCAAAAUAUGAUGAGAAGGAAGUUGCUGAGUUAAUGGAAAUGACUAUUUUGCUGCUGUUGAGAAAAUGAAAGAAGAUAAUUGGUUAUGAUUGAAGCAUACUAGUGAGCAAACAAACUAUUUGUUGAUUAUGGUGAGGUAUCAUGUGGAAACAGAAGCAUAACAAUAAGAAGUAGAAACAAGGUGUUCCUUAAUAGCAAUGUAGUAUUAGGUUUAUAUAGUUAGGAAAAACCUCUUAAUAACAAUGUACAAUCGGAUCCCCUUAAUACAAUGUAUUACAAUUUUUUGACAUG